GUUACAGUCCUCACUGUUCAGUUUGAGUUGUCUCACAACAUUUCCUCGUUCUCCUCUCGCCUUCUCUGCAAUUUUAUUGUUGCUACUUGGAGAGGAAACAGAAACAUAAGAAAAAACGAUGUCGCUUCGAGUGCUGAACCCGAAUGCCGAAGUCCUAAACAAAUCGGCGGCGCUUCACAUGAACAUUAACGCCGCCAAAGGUUUACAAGACGUCCUGAGAUCGAAUCUCGGUCCCAAAGGCACCAUCAAAAUGCUCGUCGGUGGCGCCGGCGAUAUUAAGCUCACUAAAGACGGCAACACUCUUUUGAAAGAGAUGCAAAUUCAAAAUCCAACGGCUAUUAUGAUUGCGAGGACCGCUGUUGCGCAAGAUGAUAUAAGUGGAGAUGGAACUACUUCGACUGUCAUUUUCAUUGGCGAGCUUAUGAAACAAUCUGAGCGUUACAUUGAUGAAGGGAUGCAUCCACGUGUCCUGGUUGAUGGUUUUGAAAUUGCCAAAAGAGCAACACUCCAAUUCCUUGAAAAGUUUAAGACUCCUGUGGUGAUGGGUAAUGAACCAGAUAAAGAGAUUCUAAAAAUGGUUGCAAGAACAACACUGAGGACUAAGUUGUAUGAAGCAUUAGCAGAUCAACUGACUGACAUAGUUGUUAAUUCGGUACUGUGUGUACGAAAGCCUGAUGAACCUAUUGAUCUCUUUAUGGUGGAAAUAAUGCACAUGCGGCAUAAGUUUGAUGUAGACACACGACUGGUUGAGGGCCUAGUUCUUGAUCAUGGUUCUAGGCAUCCUGAUAUGAAGCGACGAGCAGAAAAUUGUUACAUUCUGACCUGCAAUGUGUCACUGGAGUAUGAGAAAAGUGAAAUAAAUGCAGGCUUUUUCUACUCAAGUGCGGAGCAGAGAGAGGCAAUGGUUGCAGCUGAAAGGCGUUCUGUUGAUGACAGAGUCAAAAAAAUUAUUGAACUAAAACAAAAGGUUUGUGCAGGCACUGAUAACAACUUUGUUGUUAUCAACCAAAAGGGUAUUGAUCCCCCUUCCUUGCAUCUCCUUCAACAAGCAGGGAUCAUUGCCCUCAGAAGAGCAAAGAGAAGAAAUAUGGAAAGGCUGGUGUUGGCUUGUGGAGGAGAAGCUGUAAAUUCUGUUGAAGAUUUAACACCUGAUUGUCUUGGCUGGGCUGGACUCGUACAUGAGCAUGUCCUUGGGGAAGAUAAGUAUACAUUUGUGGAAAAUGUGAAGAAUCCUUAUUCAUGUACAAUUUUAAUAAAAGGGCCUAAUGACCACACAAUUGCCCAAAUUAAGGAUGCUGUUCGUGAUGGGCUGCGAGCAGUCAAGAAUACUAUUGAAGAUGAAGCUGUUGUGUUAGGUGCAGGAGCUUUUGAAGUUGCAGCUAGACAAUACCUAAUUAAUGAAGUGAAGAAAACUGUUCAAGGGCGUGCCCAAUUGGGUGUUGAAGCUUUUGCUGAUGCCCUUCUUGUGGUACCCAAGACACUUGCUGAAAACUCUGGGCUCGAUACUCAGGAUGUUAUAAUUGGUCUCACGGGAGAGCAUGACAGAGGUAAUAUUGUGGGUCUAAAUCAUCAGACAGGAGAACCAAUGGACCCUCAAAUGGAGGGUAUAUUUGAUAAUUACAGUGUUAAGCGCCAAAUUAUAAACUCUGGGCCUGUAAUUGCAUCACAGCUGCUAUUGGUGGAUGAAGUCAUUCGCGCUGGUAGAAACAUGCGGAAGCCAACUUAAGCAUAUUUGUGUGCUUCAGUUAAGUUCUUUUUUGCCGGGUGUGGUUUGGGUGUCAUUGAUCAUCUUGUACUGUGAUGUAAGCUAAGGUGAUUGUGUUCCUAGUUUUUUUUGAGAGGAAAUAUCCAUUUCCGUUCAACUAGUUUUCAGCUUCGUUUUUUCACUUGUAUACAUGGCAUUGGUCGAUUUUUUUUCCCUCGUUUCUAGCUUUUACAAACACCCCCACAUUUGUUUUUUUCC